GUCGCCUGUAUCUACCGAGUAGGUAAUAUAGAAAAACGGUUAAGUGCAAAUAUAUGGUCCUAGUACUUAAUGAUUCUCUGAUACUGAUUGUGAAAAAAGGUUCGCUGAAUUUGAGGCCAGAAUGAUGUUGCCUAAUAAUAUCUGGAGACGUAUUUAGUCUGUGGAGGAACCAGUCUAUGGUUUAAUGGGGCAAAUGUUUGAAGACGCAUGCGCGAAGUCCGCUUCGGGCGUGCAACGAGCGAACGCGGCAGAACACGGUCACGCUUGCGUGUGUCGCCAUCGAUCCACGUUACGCGCUCCGGAACCUCGUCGGCCGCCGUCGUUGCGGCGAACCGCCUCACCAUGCAACCACCGCCGAGGAAGAGUAACUACACGAAAUUUCUGAAGAAUCUCCAUACUGAGCAAAUUGCGAAACUUCACGCAAAGAAUCAACAUGAAUGCGAUUUGCUAGAAGAUCUCCGCACUUACACCAUCAAACGUUCGGCCAUUGAGAAAUCAUAUUCUGAGGCUUUGUUGAAAAUAUCAUCGGCUUAUCUAAACAAGAAAAUACCAAACAUUCCCGAUCUAAAGGUCGAUGGAGCUGAAGAGAAAUGGAACAUGUGGAAUGUUUGGCGUACCGUGCUGGAGGAAAAUGAAAAGCUGGCUCGGGCGAGGUUGGCUGCUGUCGAGGUUUUUCAACAGCAGAUUGCUGAUGAGGCCAAGGGUCUUCGACAACAUAAGCUUAACGUCGCAAAAAAGUGUACCGAUUCGCUGGCACAAGCACAUAAGGAGCUGCAGUUAACCGUUUUGGAUGUGGAUAAGACUAAAAAACUGUACUUCGACGAAGAGCACACUGCUCACGAUGUCAGAGACAAGGCUAAGGACAUCGAAGAAAAAUUAAAAAAGAAAAAAGGGUCGUUCUUUCAAUCGAUAACUUCAUUGCAAAAGAAUAGUGCAAAGGUAUCAUCUCGUCGAGACCAACUGGAAGAAAAGUCAACUGGUGCGAGAAAUGAUUACCUUCUUAGUAUCGCCGCUGCGAAUGCUCAUCAGAACCGAUAUUUCUUGGUCGAAUUACAAACCUGCAUGCAAAGCAUGGAAUCGUCUGUAUACGAGAAGGUUUCCGAAUUCCUCACCUUGAUGGGACGAACUGAACUACUUACUUGUUCAGCCACUCAACACUCAUUCGGAAAAAUCAGAGAUCAAGCUCAACAGCUGACACGUGAAUACAAUCUGCAAUGUCUUUAUUUAUAUUAUCCAGUGCUGAAACAGCACAUCCAGUAUGAUUUUGAGCCAUGUGAUAACGAUCCGAUUGACGCCGUCACCAUGGAGCACGAAUCCGUAACUCAGACUCUUGCGCAAGAAGCUCGUAGAUGGGCAACAAGAAUCGUUAGAGAAACUGCUUUAGUCAGAGAUGCUACGCGUAAACUAAAUCUUUACCAAGCGAUGCGGGAUGCAGGGCAAAAGGUUGAUCCCAAUGACCCGAAUGGUCCAGAGCUUGAAGUACGUCUGGAUGAAUUGAGGUCUAACAUUCGACGAUCGGAGACAUCUAAAGCGAAGUAUGAGGCUAGGCUGGAAUGCCUGCGCAGCAGUGGUGCCGCUGUAGAUGAAUGGCUAAAAGAAAUUGAUUUGCUUGCUGUACAAGAAACUUUACCACGCAGUAGCAGUCUACUUAGUGUCCGUACCGAUGCAUCAGGUGCAGCUGAUCAACCAAGUUCAGACUCAUUCUAUGAUAGUGAUAACACCGAAGGAGAGGCACCGACUACUUCCGCCGUGGCUAGUACUUCUGGAGGACAUCAGCGUACCACAUCUGGUUCACAAAAUGAAGAUGAACAGGAUGAAGACGUUGACGCUGCAUUAGAAGAAGAGCGUAUGCGUAUUGAACAACUCACUGUUGGUUGGGAUGAUCCUACUCAGGUGAAUUGGGGUGAACCAGAAGCUGAAUCUACUCCUCCACAAACUGCAGAACCACCGGCUCCUUCGUUGUACAAGUGUACUGCUUUGUAUUCUUACACUGCUCAAAAUCCUGAUGAGUUGUCAAUUAUUGAGAACGAACAACUGGAGGUAGUUGGUGAAGGAGAUGGUGAUGGUUGGCUUCGGGCACGUAACUAUCGUGGCGAAGAAGGAUAUGUGCCUCACAACUAUCUUGAUGUUGACCGAGAACAGCCAACUAGUGCCCCGGGUUUGGUUACGCAAAUAUCUUUCUCGUCUGUGGACUAUACAGUUGAAGGAGAAGAUGCUGAUGUUGUACAAUCUCCUGAUCAAAUAUCAGUAAUAUCUGCACCGGUUGCUAAGCCUGAGGAACCUAAAGUAGAACCGAAAGCUGAAGAACCUCCAAAAGUGGAGCCCGAAGUAAAACCAGAAUCAUUGCCAACACUUGGAUAUUGUUUCUCAUUGUACGAUUAUGACGCUGAAGCUUCAGACGAAUUAAAUCUCGAAGAAGGACAGAUAAUCCGCAUCGUUUCACGGGAUGCUCAUGGCGUAGACGAUGGUUGGUGGCGUGGUGAAGCUAAUGGAGUGAUUGGUAACUUCCCAUCGCUUAUAGUUGAAGAAUGUGAUGAGAAUGGAGAACCGCUUAGUGGCGUUGAUGAUGAUUGGACUCCACCGGACUCAGCUCCACCAGUGUUCGCUUCCCCGCCUGAAUCACCUUCUGCCGGAUUUAACGAAGAAAUGAUCUUCAAUGAGAACAACAAUACUAAGAGUGCUGCUCCUCCUGCGGACCCGCCACCACCUCCACCGGCCGACAUGGGUGACUCCAUGGACAGCCAACCCGACUUCAGCUUUAACCUAGAACUUAGUAGGAACCAACAUGAACAAUAUGAUACACAAUUCGUUGCCCCACAACCUUCGGUCGCCCCACCCAUCACCAUCGUUGUCGAUGAGGUUGUCACUGAAAUAUUUGAGGAGGAGGAGGUGGAGGAGUUGCCUCCUGUACCACAGCCGAAACCUGCGCCACCACAAGUUGAAAUCACAAGCGAGGAUUGUGGGCUCGGCGUAGCACAAAUUGUAAUCACGGCCGCUACACCUAUGAUAGAAGAACCCGAACAACCCUUUCCCCCGCAGGAGUCCCAUCCCGAACCCGAACCCGAUGUGCAGCCCGACUCACAGCCAGAGGAACCGGAACGUGUAGAAGACAACGACGACGAAGAAUCAUCUCUCUCCGAACAGACUGCUGUCUGUUUACGCGAUUCUGAAGAGGGACAUGCUGAUUCUGCACCGCACCCAGCCUCAAGUUCGACGGCUUCUGAGGGUGAGUCGACGGGAGCAUCUGUAGCUUCGGGCCCCCCUACCGCCCCUCAAUCCCCCCCUGCGGCUCCUCGUGCCGGUCGAGCUUCUAUCCCUGACGAACUUGAGCCAGCACAACUAGCGAGGCUCACCGACCUUAAAGAAUCCAAUGCCUAGGCCUAUUGCUUUGACUGAAAAAAAAAAAACAAUCUAACUAGAAACCAUGCCUUCGUAAAUUUCACUUUUGAUUUAUUUAUGACGUUUGGUCUGUAUUCGUUUCCUAUGUUUAAUAAUUUAUUUCAUGAUAGAUAAAAUUGUUUAAGGCACUAUUUCUUUUCAUGAACUGACCGUUUCUCAAUAAAUAUUUUUUAAAGAAGAGAUCAUGUUACAAUGAAGAUGAAAAAAUUUUUUCAAUGUUUUCUUUUUAAUUUUUAAUGAACUUAGUUCUAAUUGUUAGAAUAUAUUUAUAUUUUAUUCAAUACCUCAUGUAUAUCUUAAAUAGAAAUAUUACUUUUAUAGUUUAUUGUUUACAAUAAUGAUUACAUAACUUAUAACGUUCUAUUGCACGCCCCACAACGCGCAAGCGUGUGUACUUUCUCUCGAUAUUGUCAUAUAAAAUACAAUUACACAUUGGUAUAUUAAGAGAAUAUUUAAACUUUUUUUGAUAAAGUAUUUAUAACAAACUUACACCUAAUAAAUUACGCACAUAAUUAUAUAACAUAUACCUACUAACUAUAUAUAAGUCAAUUGUUAGUUGAAGAUAUAAAAUGAAAAUGUAAAAGUUAUUUCUUUAUAUCAUAUCUCAAAAACACUGCUUUAAUUGGAUACCAAAUAUUUUCUUUUAUUAAUAAAGCAUUAAUGUGGUUUGAGAAGCGGUCACGUAACUUAAUGUAGAACUCUUGUAUAUAUUUAGCUAAUAAUGUACCUUAUAUUCUUACUAACAGUAAGCUGACGCAUCAUCUAGGUCAUUUGGAUAGAAAAUUGAGUAGGUUUUCGUGUUGGUCGAGUGUGAUUGAUUAUACCCCAAAAACAAUUUACUCCAAUAAUUUCAACCGAGUAAAAAAUAUAUCAACCUUACUUAAAUAAAAUGGUAUGGCGUCACAAAUUGAAUGGACCUCUAAGAAAUAAUCGUUAAAAAUUUAAAAUGUAUAAAAAGCUUUUUAAGUGUUAUUUGUAAUUGAACUAAUAAAAUAAGAUGAGUAAAUUUAUCGUCAGGGUCAUCUUAAAUAUGACUGUGGUAUAAAAUAAAUUGGCCUAAAUAAUGAUUUUUUUAAAAGCGUGGAGCCUCGCUUUAUAAUUUAAUUACAAUAUGCAUUGACUUCCACCGACUUGUUGAUUAUAGAUUUGCCAGGGUUCGAAUAAAGCUGGACAUUGUAACGUUUAGGUCCUGCAUGUUAAUGUUUAAGUUAUGAUUGUAACAUUUAACCUGGCACAAUAAUUGAAAUCUUUGUGGUAGAAUUCAAUUUAAAGCAUUACGCAUGUUUUACAAUUCAAUUUUGAAGAAAAAAAAUACUUUAAAUUUUCUGGUAAAUUAUCAAAAAAGCUAGGUUUAAAAAUAUUCGUUGGGUACUAGGGUGUCCAACCUUUUUAUUGGCAUUAAUUUUGUUGGUCUGUCUGGUUAUUUAGUUUUAGAACCUGGCAAACAAGUCGAUUAUAUAAAUAUAAUGCGUUGAGAAAUCUGUAAAUUGUUAUUAAGUUUAAAUUUUACCGUUUAAGCCACAUUUGUUCAGGCUAUUUAGCUGCUGAAAUAGUAAAUACAGUUAAAGCAGUAAGCUUAGGCAGCAGGGAUGUCGACAAUGUUUAUAAAAUCUCUUUGGAACAAAACAUUGUUUUAGUUUUUUUUCCCUUCAUACCAAUGAUCUAUAGUCCGUAUAUCGAAUAGUAGAUGGUUUUUUCAAAUAGCUUUUAAGGGAAGUGUAUGAAUGUUAUAAAAUACAUCAAUUACGAAAAGUUGUUUUGUAACCGAUACUUACACACUUAACCAUUUUAUUAUAUUAGAUUAAUGUUAGUUGUUACUUAUACAAAAUAUGUUUAAAUUAGUGCAUAUUAGCCACAAUUAGGUAAAAACCUGUUCGUCGUACCAAAAAAUGUUUCAUUAAAUAAUUUUAAUUAAUAUUAUGAUCGAUAUGAUUGUAAAGUUAUCUUCGAAAUAAAGGUUUUUUGUUAAUUAUUUUUAAAUAUUACAUUGAUAUAUACAUUUCUGUUAUUGUAUGUAAACUACAUUAUAAGGAAAUUCAUCCUGUGCUCUAUAUAAACAUUUGGCUUUGUUACAAUGUUCCACUUCGUAUAUAAUUAUGUAUUGCCUUGAUAUGUUUUGACAGAGGACGAUGUAUUCUGUAGACAAUUUCAUUAAAAUUGUAACACAAAUAUACUGUCAAUGAAAUACAAUCAUAUUGUUUGUAAUAAAUUAACAUUGAAUACGUAUAUGAUAUAGAUUAAGUGUUGCAUUUCUUUAGAGAUACCAAAUAAAUCAAAUUAGAUCACUAUAGCCUAAGUACUGGAAACGCUACUGAAUGAAUUUAAAUAUAUUUAAAUACUCAUGC